CGUUGCCGGGGUCUUCCCUGGCCGUCGGUCGGAUGUCGAUAUUCGAGUGCGCAGCGCAGGCUGAGCAGUGGCAAUGCCGAGCCACUGCGUCGAGAGUCUAAAAUUAUCGGGUAGCCCGCGCGCGCGAUUUACUAACGAGGAGAGGGGAGAGAAAGAAUAGAGGUGCGGAGGAGCGUCCCUUUGCGAAACAAGGACAGCUUGCGCACAAUCGAGCGAGAGAGCAGAUUGCAAGGUAAAGCGAGACAGACAAUAUACUACGUGUGUAACAUCUAAUCCAGAGCAAAGAGCGUGAGGUGGUGAAGACAGUGAGAGAGUGAGACAAAAAAUUGGAGCAAACAAGUAGAAAAGGUGAGACGGAAUCGUCAAAAAGAGAGACAACAAAAAGGUGCACAUUUCCCAGGAGAGAAAAAGAGGAAAACGCGCGCGCGAGACAGAAUCGAAUACAGUCGAUCGAGGUGGGCAUUGUGCGCGCGCUAAGAAGGAGUAAAAGAGAAAGGUGGUGGAAAACAAGAGAGAUAGUCAGGAGAAGAGGUGCAAGUUACACCGCGUUGCAGCAGCAGAUGAGUAUACGUUUAGCUAGCACCUAGGCUCGCGUUAGACGUCGCGGAGCACGUUAGACGGCUCGAACAAACCGCGCGCGCCGACGUCGGGCCGCCAUUUGUCCCUCUCUAUUUCUCUCUCUCUCUCUCUCUCUCUCUCCUUUUACUCCCAUACCUCCUUCCUCUCGCUUCCACCGCGCCGUCGUCCGUCAAACAUCGCGAGACACACCGUCGUCGGUCUGUGCGUCGUGUGACAGCUCCCGCGCGCGCGGUCUUUCUCUUCGCGACUUCGAUUUAGUUUCGUCGUCAACCAUCGUAGAAGGUGGAACCGCGAGAGUAAAAACGCGCGCGGCCAUCGCGGGCCUGAUCGCGGAGAUUCCCGGGAUAGCCGGCAUCCUCGGGCAGACAAACGGCUCAACGAUCGGCUCGUCCGUCGAUUUAGACGACGACGACGACGACGUUGGUCAGUCGAUUUAUUGUCGAUCGAUCGUUCAAGCCGAGCAAAUACCAUGGCGGACAAGCAGGAGAACAACACGUGCGAGGACUCCCUCGGGACCGGCGACACCGACACUCUUUUCGCUAAGAAGAUCCGCGGCCGGAAAGGUGCUCUCAAGAAGAAGAAUGUCUACAUGGUCAAGAAUCACAGCUUUAUGCCCAGAUUCUUUAAACAGCCAACUUUCUGCAGCCAUUGUAAGGACUUCAUAUGGGGCUUCGGCAAACAGGGAUACCAGUGCCAAGUUUGUAGUUUCGUCGUUCACAAACGAUGUCACGAAUACGUGACUUUCACGUGUCCGGGAGCUGACAAAGGAGCCGACUCGGAUGACACACGGACGAAGCACCAAUUCAAGCAACACACCUACAACAGCCCUACCUUCUGUGACCACUGUGGUAGUCUUCUCUAUGGUGUCAUCCACCAGGGCAUGAAGUGCCAAGCAUGCGACAUGAACGUACACAAGAGAUGCGAGGAAAGCGUGCCGAAUCUAUGCGGAUGCGAUCACACCGAAAGACGUGGUCGUAUACACCUACACAUCACGUGUUCCGGUGGCAAGCUCACCGUAGAAGUGCGGGAGGGACGAAAUCUCAUUCCAAUGGAUCCGAACGGGCUAUCGGAUCCCUACGUAAAACUGAAGCUAAUCCCGGACUCAGAUAACGUAAAGAAGAAAACAAAGACAAUCAAGUCGUGCUUAAACCCAGAAUGGAACGAGACAAUCAUCUUCGACCUCAAGCCUGAGGACAAAGACAGGCGGCUGUUGAUCGAGGUGUGGGAUUGGGAUCGAACGUCUAGAAACGAUUUUAUGGGGUCCCUGUCCUUCGGCAUAUCGGAACUUAUCAAAGCGCCCGCGAGCGGAUGGUUUAAGCUCCUCACUCAAGAAGAGGGAGAGUUCUACAAUGUACCUGUUCCUGAGGAAGGCGUUGAUCUCGCCGAACUUAAAAGCAAAAUGCGGAAAACUUCGGUAACAAAGAAAACGCACACGACCCAGGACAAGGAUAUACCGCAUAACAUGGGUAAAAGCGAUCUGAUACGUAUCACCGACUUCAAUUUCUUAAUGGUGCUCGGCAAAGGCAGCUUUGGCAAGGUCUUGCUGGCGGAGAGAAAGGGAACCGACGAGUUGUACGCCAUCAAAAUUUUGAAGAAGGAUAUUAUUAUUCAGGAUGAUGACGUGGAAUGCACGAUGGUCGAGAAGCGUGUGCUCGCGCUUUCCAGUAAGCCGCCCUUCUUGGUGCAACUGCAUUCUUGCUUUCAGACAAUGGAUCGUUUGUACUUCGUGAUGGAAUAUGUGAACGGCGGCGAUCUGAUGUACCAAAUACAGCAGUGUGGUAAAUUUAAAGAGCCGGUGGCAGUUUUCUACGCGGCCGAGAUAGCAAUCGGCUUGUUUUUCUUGCACUUGCGCGGCAUAGUUUAUCGCGAUCUCAAACUCGACAACGUCCUGUUGGAUCAGGACGGUCACAUAAAAAUCGCAGAUUUCGGAAUGUGUAAGGAGGGCAUCACCGGCGACAAGACAACCAAAACCUUUUGCGGCACACCCGAUUACAUAGCGCCCGAGAUUAUUCUGUAUCAACCUUACGGCAAGUCCGUGGAUUGGUGGGCUUACGGUGUAUUGUUGUACGAGAUGCUAGUAGGUCAGCCGCCGUUCGACGGGGAGGAUGAAGAUGAACUUUUCUCCGCGAUUACAGAUCAUAAUGUUAGUUAUCCAAAGAGUUUGUCGAAAGAGGCUAAAGAAGUUUGUAAAGCAUUCCUCACGAAAAACCCAAGCAAAAGAUUAGGAUGCGGAUUGCGCGGUGAGGAAGACGUGCGAAUUCACGCGUUCUUCCGGCGUAUUGAUUGGGAAAAGAUAGAAAACCGCGAGGUGCAGCCACCCUUCAAGCCAAAGAUCCAACAUCGUAAGGACGUGAGUAACUUCGACAAGCAGUUUACGUCGGAAAAGACAGACUUGACUCCCACGGAUAAGCUGUUCAUGAUGAACUUGGACCAGACGGAAUUUAUGGGUUUCUCGUAUCUAAAUCCGGAAUUUGUGCAACACGUCUAAAGCGAAUACUUUUUCUCAGAUUCGCAUCCAUCCUUCACUUCAUUCCUCGUUGUUCAUCUCUUUAUCACUCAGGGUUCUCUUAUCUUCCUCUCUCUCUCUCUCUCUCUCUCUUUCUCUCUCUCUCUCUCUCUCUCUCUCUCUCUCUNUCUCUCUC